AUGGAUUCAUCUUUAACACCAAGUACUAAUGUUAUUAAUUGUCAUUCAUCAUCAGUAUUUAAUCGUCAAACAUUAUAUACAUUUUCUUUAAUUGAUUAUAUUAUUGAAAUAUUUCGACCAUAUAGUAAUCUCCUUGUUCGUAUUAGUAAUGCAGGUUCUCAAGUUGGUGUAGUAAAUUUUGCUUUUGUUGUUUAUCAAUCCAUUGAAAUGGCAAAAGAUUUUGUAGCUAAUCAUGAUUAUCUUUUAAAAAUAGAAAAAAUAAAUGUUGAAAGUAAAAAACAUCGUUCUUUUCCACGUACAUUUCGACCAACAUAUCCAACAGCUGCUUCACCGACAAGUUAUUAA